AAAGAAAGCAAAUAAUACCAAAACCAAAGCCAUGUUUGGUUUGCAGAUGGGUGUUCCGCCGGUACCUUACCUUAUCUUCCACCUUCAAAUGCCAUGCUUUCACCUUAAUGGAAAUGGAUUGGCUAGUCUUGAUCAAGAGUUUUCUGCUAUGUUUAAUUAGAAGUACCUGUACUGUUUGAAUAAAGAGAUUUAGCUUGUUUAAAUUUUUAUCAGGAAAGUUUCAAUUUUUCGCUCUCCUUCCAUUUGUGGAAGCUUGGAGUACAGACACCUUCCUCUUGUCAAAAUGCAGAAAAAUCAUAAUACAUCUGUGCCAUGGAACCACUCUUCUUCACUUUCCCCUAUUGAUUCCUUACCUAGACUUAACUCAUUAGGAGCCCUGCCCAUCAGUGGCACUGAUAUUGGCAAGAGGCUUCAGUCAUUGGUUGGCAUAAACUCAUCUGCAGACCAAAAUUUGCUUGAAGAAGUUCUAGCAAUUAAUUGGAAUGAUUCUUUCAAAAGUCUUAGUAGUAAAGAAAUUAAGGAAAGGAAAAGGCGAGAAAAGAUCGGACUGGCAAACAAAGGGAAAGUGCCAUGGAACAAAGGCAGGAAACAUAGUGCAGAGACUCGUGCGCGAAUCAAGCAAAGAACCAUAGAAGCCUUGAAUAACCCAAAGGUCAGGAAAAAGAUGGUUGAACAUCCUCGAGCUCAUAGUGAUCAGGUCAAGGCUAAAAUAGGGUCUUCGCUUAAACGAGUUUGGUCAAAGCGUUUGAAAUGGAAGCAAUCUAGAGAUAAUUUUUUUCAUUCAUGGGCAGAAACCAUAGCCGAGGCAGCUAAAACAGGAGGACAUGGACAAGAAGAGUUAGAUUGGGACAGUUACGAUAAAAUAAAACAAGAAAUAGUUGAUAAACAGUUCCGUUUAGCUGAAGAAAAGAUAAAGGCAAAGGAGUUGGCAAAGAUGGAGAAAGCAGCACAGGUGAUGGUGAAAAGGAUGGAGAAGCUUGCUCAUAAGAGAAAAUUGCAUGAGGAGAGGAUUAAAGAGAAGAAAGAACAAGCAAAAAUAAAAAGAAAACUAAACCAAGCCAAAAAAGAUUUAACAAAAAAGUUGAGACUUCAACAGAAAUUAAGCCAGAUUCGCCAGAAGAUUUCACUUAAUGGUCAACUCUCUAGUCGAAGGGACGGAGUUACUUUGCACAUUCCAGCCUGGGAGAAAUUGGAUCUAGAGCUUUUAAAGGGUGAAGGUUUGCCAAAAGAAGUUUCUUUCGCAGAUCAGAUAAAAGCCGCAAAGACAAAAAAAGUGGAAUUUUCCACUACAAAAUCUCUUGCAGCCUCAUCCAUAAUUCAUUCGUCCAGUAGAAAGUCAUAAAGUAUUAGAAAGCUCAGUCUUCCAUAGUUCCAACAAAAGUAGGCGUAGCACAUUAUUAUUGGCUGUUAAGGCUUCAUAUCAUUCUUUAAAGUUAGAAUCGGUUUGCAUUGCCAUUGCUGUCGCUGCUGCUGCUGCAAGGCAUCAUAACUCACCAGAGAUCAGGUUUCAGUCAUAUUCGAAGUUCACUUCUUGUAAAUUUUAUGCGUCUAGCGUUCGCCUUUGAGUGACAUGAAUAGGGUCAGACUUGGAAAGCUGCUUGCUUGAUUAACAAAUUUGAAACAACCAAACUUACUUUAACCAAAUGUGUUACUACAAGUAGGUUGGCGUUGAAUCUGAUUAGCAUAUGUAAUGAGUUAUGACAAUGUAAGACCUCUUCUACUACAUUGUUUUAAAGUUAUAAAGCUGACCUAGUUUGGAGGGUCUUUAUGUUUCAUUUUUCUUUUGAAGCCAAGAAAUGGCAAAAGAAAAAAUGAGAACAAAUACAUAGGAAAUUUUUUUAUUGAA